AAGCUGCUUCAGUCGGUCCUGGGGCCCUGUCGCGCGCAGAGGGACGGGCGGCGGUGGCGGCGGUAUAUCCUGGAUCCCCGCCCGCUGUUCUCGCCUGUACAGUGAUCAAUAGACGUCUCUUCUGUGCUCUGCUCUCUCACCACGAUCGCGGAACGCCACAGUACCAACUCUCAUCUCAUAUUGGUUUGCUUCUGCUUCACUCGUCGCUGCUGUGAAGUUGUGGUGUUUCUUCCACAUUUGGUCGAUUUAACGCCGUCUUCCAAUUAACGAGAUGAAGUGGUUAGCAUUAUGCGUACUAGCCGUUGUUUUGAUAACUCUCGCAGUGGCAGACGGAGAGAUAUGGGAGGAAGACGACCAUGAAGUGCUUAUCAGAAGUGAACGAGGAGCCAAGAAUCGUGAAUGCAGAUACGGAAAAGGAGCAUGGUCGGAAUGUGACUCCAAGACCAACAUGCGUUCGAGAACGUUGACUUUAAAGAAGGGCAACCAGACGACGUGUGAAUCCACGAAAACAAUCCAGAAAAAAUGCAAGAAAGCGUGUCGAUAUGAAAAAGGAACUUGGGGUGACUGUAAUGCUCAAAGUUUGAUGACGCGAAACGACAAGUUGAAGCCCAACAGCGACGCGAGCUGUGAACAGAACAGGCAAAUCACAAAAAAAUGUAAACCUAAGAGCGUCAAACCAACGAAAGGUAAAGCCACUCGUCGCAACAGGCAGUAGAAGAUAUGAGGAAUUUAGGAUAAAUCAUUUUCGAUAUUAUAUACCAUCUAAGUAAUUCAUUCAUCUCAAUUAUAGUUCUUCUUUACAUAGUUAUGGGUGUAGAUUAUGGUCAUUAAAAAGGUAUUGUCAGCCCUUGCAUAGGGACUUGGUUAAUAAUUAAGCUAAAGUAAAUGGGUUGCUCUGGCAUAGCUUUCUGGUUAUUUCCUUUAACUGAAGCUAAUAUCACCUAAUAGUCUACACCUAUAAAGACCACUCUUUGCCAUUAACCCUGUACGGCCCACUGCCAACAAAAUCACAAAAUGGAUCCUUCUCAUCCCCUCGAUUGACCACCCUCAUUACGUAAACAAUGCAAAUACCACCGCAGGCUAAACUGCGAUGGAGUUUACGUUAAUUUCAAAUGUAUAGAUGUUUGUUGUAGGGUUGUACAAUAGUAUAAUCAUCGAAACUAUGUGUGUAACAUUACAUAUGAAUAUUGAUUUAAUAUAUGAUAUUUUCAAUUAUUGUUUUUGGUAUGUAAUAUUUUUUACUUAACUAUAAAUGUGGAUGUGGACUUAAUCUAACAUAAUAUUGUAUCAUUGUAUUUGACACAUUCAAACAAAAAAAUAAAUAAAGUGUUUACCAUUA